AUGCUCCACACCAUUCAACACGGCCUGCUCCUGUUACUGCUUUCUCUGGUCUCAUUAUCGGUUUCUCUUGAGAAGCCACAUUCUUUUGACCACAAACCCAUCCAUAUUCAAAGCCACGGCAUACAAAGCGCAGCACAAGAAUUUGAUCGGCAAGUCACGAUAUUGGUUCACCACAUUACAAUCGUGACCGUGGUUGCAUUACCUGUUAUUUCUGAACAUUCCGGUCGCAUACAGGAAGAAACACGCCUGGAGAAAGCUUUGCAGAAGAGUAACGGAAAAUGGAACCCCGACCACCCUCGAUAUCGACUUUUGAAUGCAUUGAAAGGCUAUCUUCUGUACAAACCCAGAGCCAUUGCCGACGUCGAUAAGUGGAGGAAAGCGUACAAGAAGAUUCCCAGAAAACAAAGAGCCUUCAUCGAAGCAAACAUCCACUACAGCAAAAAGCUCAACACAAUCGAACACCUCAUCGACACCAACGCCGAGCUCACUCACGCCAUCGUCGACAACGCGCUCGCCUUCUACAACAUCAGUCGGCGCGAACUCGACGCCUUCCUCGCGGAGACCAAAGACCGCGACACGGCCUCCGACGCCGCCUCGUCCAAGACGCACGUGCAGCAAGCGCUGAAGCACUUUGUCCGCGACUGGUCCGCUGAAGGCCGGCAUGAGCGCGACCCGGUAUUCCCAUGCAUCCUGCACGCCCUGCAGGAGGAAUUUCGAUUCCCUAAGGAGAAGGACGACCGAGCCGCCAGCAACGCAACCACCCCCAUCCGCGUCCUCGUCCCAGGCGCCGGCCUCGGCCGCCUCGCGCACGAAAUCGCAGCGCUGGGCGACGGCCGCCGCCGCUCCUUCGAAGUGACGACAAACGAAUGGUCCGCCUACACCAACGUCGCCUACCGCUUCCUCACGACCCUCCUCCACCCCCACCCCCAACGCACAACCAUCACCUUCCACCCCUUCAUCGACUGGCUCUCGCACCAACGCACCACCACCUCGCUAACCCGCCCCAUCACCAUCCCCGACUUCCUUCCUCCUGUUCCCCCUCCUUAUCCCCCCUCUCCCCCCUCCCCCCAAAGCCAAGUCCUCCUUAUCGAAGCCGACUUCACCACCCUCACAGGCACCUACGACGCCCUCAUCACCCUCUUCUUCAUCGACACGGCGGCCAACCUGCUCGCGUACUUGCAUUCCAUCCACGCGCUGCUGCGGCCCGGCGGCGUGUGGGUCAACGCGGGUCCGCUGCUGUGGGGCACGGGGGCGCGGUUGCAGUUGUCGCUGGAUGAAGUCGUGGCGUUGGCGGAGGGGGUGGGGUUUGAGUUUGUGGAGAGGAGGGGCGAUGUGGUUGAGGGAUUGUGUGGGGGGGAGGUGGGGGAGGGAGAGGGGAUGAUUCAGGGGAAGGUGAGGGGUAGGGAAGUGCCGUAUGGGUUUGAUGAGAGGGCAUUGAGUCGGAAUGCGUAUUUGGCGGUGAAUUGGGUGGCGAGGAGGAAGGGGUGA